UGGUUGUGCCGUAGUUGUAUGUGGACGGGAGAGCUGCUAUCAGAAUGGCGGAUUGCACGACGUUAGAAAGCCUCCUGGAGAUGGGCUUCGACAGAAACAGAGCGGAGAAGGCUGUAGCACACACUGGCAACCAGGGCAUUGAGCGAGCUAUGGACUGGCUGAUGGAGCACGAGAAUGAUCCAGACAUAGACGAGCCGUACGUGCCACCAACAGGGAACGUUCUCAGUUCAACAGAACAACAGAGUCCGUCCCAGCCUGACCCUGAACCCACUGAGUUUGCUGAAGAGCUGGCAGAACUGGAAGAUCCCAAACAAGCAAUGACAGAAGAGGAAAAGAAAGAACAGAUUAAAAGGCUUGAGGAGUUGAUGAGGGUGAAGCAGGAGGAGAGGAGAGAGAGGGAGCGGCAGGAGGAGGUGGAGAGGGAGAAACAGAGGAGGAAACAGGGCCAGGAGCUGCAGCAGGUCCGACAGAAGCUGCAGGACGAUGAAAUGAAGCAGCUGGCUGAACAGCGCAGGAGAGAGAAAAUGGAGGACCGAUUGGCAAAGCAGAGAGUCAAAGAGAAGAUUGCACGCGACAGAGAAGAGAGGGCACGCAAGUUUGGCGGCAGCUCUUCGAGUACAGCCCUGACAUCUCCUUCUUCUGAGGCCACUCCCCAGUCUCCUCCUGAGAACCAGGGCCCUCCCCCAGCCAAGAAAGACUACGAUGAAUGUCGGAUACAGGUUCGUCUGAUGGACGGCUCUGCGCUGAUGGCAGUCUUUAAGGCCCAGGAGCCUCUGGCUGCAGUGCGAGUGUAUGUGCAGAUGAACAGCUCUGAGGGUGAGGACUUUACCCUCCUAUCCCCUUACCCUCGCCGUGUCUACACAGACCUCGACAUGGAGAAACCUCUACGCGAGCUGGGUUUGGUGCCUUCUGCUGUCCUUGUGGUUGCAAAGAAGUAAAGGCAGACUAGUUUUAUCCAUAUUCUUCCUCCGCUUCUCAUACAGUCAACAGAAGACAAAACUGGCUACAAUCAUGGACCGGAUUUUAUCUUACACGUCAUUUAAACAGUCAAACCGGUCUUAAUGGGUAUUAUACCAAUAAAACAUAUAGUCACACUGACAGCAGAGCUAAGUGAACACUCAAGUUCUGGUUCUUAUCCUUUAUUUCAGUGAUUCUGCUGUGUAUUAUUUCUUGCUGCGUUUGGAAUAAAUUUCAUUUUUUGGCCUGUGGCCCUACUGUAAAUAAAAUACACUUAACCAUUA